UCGUCCAAUAGAACUUCAUCCGCAUAGGUAUUUUCUUUCCUCAGACAAUGGGCGCAGUUUCCUUUUUAUAAAUUAAUUUUAUUUUUAAUUAUCUUACUAAUAGCCAUUAUGCUUAACAAAUCGUUUAACUUUUAAAAUACAAUCACCAAAUAUAUCGCUCGCCAUCCAAAUACAUUUCGUAGACUCCAAUAAAACCAAUAUGAGAAAUUGAACACGAAAAAACAUAAAAAAGUGUUUUCGUGUCGUCGCGGAUUGGGAAAAAUAUAUUUUUAUUUCUUUUUUGUUGUUGGAGUUGGUUAAAUUUUCUCGCUGUUUAUUGGCGGAUAAAAUAUUAAAUUUACAUCCAGUAAACAAAUAAGCAGUGAGUCUUUUUUGUUUUCAUUUGAAUUCCACUCUCGGGUUGAUUAAAGAACAGCACCAAGAUUGAGAAGAUAAAGGCAACCAUGACCGGGACACCGGCCAAACAGAAGUACAGCUUCACAAGUUAUGUUAACUCUCCGAAGGGCAUAAAUGGGUGUGAAGGUCCCCCAGACCUGCAGAGUUUAAAGCCAAAGCUGCUAGCAGAUGAACUAGAAGUGGCAUCGGCUCCUGUCUAUUUGUACCCGCCAACGAGUAAAAUAUCGGACAACAAUCUUCACGAAGCUAUUCUGGGCCUGUUAACGGUGACAAAUUUUAAAUUGUCUUUCAUGGCAUACAAUCCCGACGAGCAACAAGGAGCAUAUCAGGAGAAUCUGUUUCUGGGCAAAAACGAUGUCACACUCAACAACAUCGAUUAUAUCUAUCAAGUUGUGGAUAAGAAGAAAAGGCUAUUGCUUGUGCCAGAGCAGAAAAUAAGUUCGAGAAUAGAUGCUCUUCAUAUAAUUUGCAAGAACUUUCGUUUAUUGAAAUUCUCAUUCAAAAGUACUGCGAGAGAUCAAGGAAAGGUCAUUGCAUCGGCACUUGCUAGGUUCGCAUUCCCAUCACGUCAUGACUUAUCGUUUGCUUUUUGUUUCAAAGAACAUUACUACAACACAGUAAAAUCAACAGUCGCUAUGUUCACAAGCCAAAACGACUGGGCAAAAGAACUCAUACGAUGCGGUGUUGAAGACUUUCGGGUAGUUGCAGCCCACACAAUAAAAAAAGACAGUGGUCUUCCACCUCAUUUCGUCAUCCCAAAGUGUUACGAUAUUGAAGAUUUCAAGCAGCAUUAUUCAUCGUUUAAUGAUUCAAGAAGUGCUUUUUGGGUUUACGGCUAUGCGGGUGCAAAUUUAAUCCGAAUGGGUGAACUAAAAGCGGAAAUCCCCGAAACGACUAUUGAAAAUGUCACCCUGGAAUUAAUAAGAAAAAGUGAUCCCGAACGAAAACCUCCGCAUAUAAUGAAUCUAUCCGAACGGCUACCAAGCAUACAAGACAUUCAACAGGGCUAUUUGAAAUUCCGACAGAUCUGCACCCCUGAUAGCCCUCGACAAUUUCUAAUGCAAGAAACCAAAUAUCUAACUUUGCUGGAAAAGUCCGGUUGGCUUCUGUAUGUUUCCCUUUGUCUGAGCAAUGCAUCCGAAGCUGCCACACAAAUGCGACAAGGCACAACUGUUGUGUUGCAAGAAAACAAUGGUCGCGACUUAUGCUGCAUCAUAUCCAGUCUCACACAAAUUAUACUCGAUCCUCUAUUUCGUACUAUUGAUGGUUUUCAGUCGCUGAUGCAAAAAGAAUGGGUAGCUCUGGAACAUCCCUUUCUGGAUCGUUUGGGUCAUGUUUUCUCAGCCGAAUCGUCUAAAGAGAGUCCUCUGCUGCUUCUUUUCCUAGACUGUGUGUGGCAGCUCCUGCAACAGUUCCCCGAGGAAUUCGAAUACAGUCAGACGUAUUUGACAACGAUCUGGGAUUCAGCUUUCCUGCCAAUAUUCGAUACAUUCCAAUUCAAUACGGAGCAAGAACGAUUUAAGGCAACAGAAGAGUUAAAAUUAGUUUUGCGGCCGGUAUGGGACUGGAGCGAACAAUUCGCCGACAAGGAUAAAGUGUUCUUUACGAAUCCCUUCUACCAGAAGCGACAAGAGGUCUUGAGUAGAAAGUCUAUUGCGAUUCCACCGAAUGCAAUCCGCUUACCAGGACUUCAAAAACCUGGCUCAAGAAUGACUUUCGAUCCUAGCUUAUUUUCAACUCAAUCUACUGUUCCGAAGGAUCGCUUUCUCGAACCAAAACAUAAUAUAAGCCAUCUGGAAAUAUGGGAGCAAUGCUACUACCGAUGGAUUCCAAUUCUCGAAAUCAAAUCUGGGGGUUUCCCACAAAUUGAACUCUUCCAUAGGCUUUUACUCAAUAAUAUUGGCAAAAUGCAACGAGCACUAGAGACACGAGACUUUGAUGACCUCCCUGAAAGCGGAUGCUGGACGUCAACAACACCAACAACGAAUACAAGUAGUAGCACAUCAGCAGCAUCAGCUGCGGCAUGCACCAGCAGAAGCAAUCAGCAAUCGGAUGACAACGAAACUGUACAACUAAGAACAAAAUCGAAUGAUACAACACCAACGAACAGUCCAACUCAACUCCAGUGUCUACCAACUAUCACUUCAUUCUUCCCAUUCAGCACUUAUACCGGAGAUUCAACUCAGCUAACUGAUAUCCUCACCAAUAGCAAUGAACUCAUUAUGGAGGGUUCCAUAAUGGAAAGACUAUCGAUUGCUCAGUUUCCCGAUUAAAAAAAGAAAACAAAACAAGACCUUGAAUAACCAUUAUUUUUUUUACAAAAGAAAAGAAAGAGCUAUAAAACUUACAAUAUAUAUAUUUUUUAAAAAAGUAUUAAUUUUCAGUUCGAUUUUAUUUUAUAAACAAAUUCGAAACGAAUUUAAGUUAUAAGAGAAAAACGAUGAAAAAUUAUAUAGAUUAUUUUUAAGUAAUUUUAAAGAGAAAGAAUUUAAUUAAUUAAUUAUGAUUAUGAUUAUAAUUAACAAAAGCCUUAAUAAAUGAGUAGCAAUUUUUAUUUUUUAUUAUUAUUAUUUUUUUUGUUUUUGUAAAAAUCGUAUAUAACUAUAUAAUAAAUUAUGUAUCUCUUCAGUUUAACUCAACUUACUUACAUACAACUUAUUAGAUAGAUGAUGUUAUUAUAUUAUAUAUUGUGAACUAAAAUAUAUAUACAUAUACUAUACGUAUUAAAUUUACAUUUGUUUUGCAUUUCAUUAUAAAAGAGCAGUUUAUUUUUUUGAAUUAUAACUCAACCUAUAGCGCCAUACAAAAACAAAAUAUUAAGCAAACAGUUUAUUAACAAGCCUAAAAAUUAAUUUAAACAAGUUAUAUUUAUAUUCCUUGGAAUACAGACAAUAGCCCAAAUAUAUAUAUAUAUUUAAUAAUGCACUUUUAUAUUCUUUUUUAUUAUAUUUUGCACUUUCCUUCUAAUUUAGAAAACAAAAAUUCUUUUACUUUUCGUUGUGUAUUUCAUUUAUUCAUACUUAAAAAGAUUUUAUUAUUUUUCAAACACACACAAAAUAUCAUUAAAAUAAUAAAUAAAUUUAUUAUAUUGAAAAUAAAUAAAUGUGGAAAGAGGAAUAUUAUUAGGUUAAAAUGAUGGAGCAUUCAAAAUAUAUUAUUUACAAAGAAAAACAAAGCAAACAAAAAAAACAAUGUUACGUACAAGUUUCUCUUCUUAUUUUAAUUAUACUUUAACCCUUAUUUAUUUGUUACUGUUGAAAUAAAAAUUUAAAAUUUGAUUACAA